AUGGUUGAGCACAAGAUAGAACUAACGGAAACAAGAAGUCACACAACAGCAAUCAAAUAUAAUGGUUAUAUUUUUGGUUAUAAACGAGAAAUGUCAACAGGAUUAUUAGCAUGCCCUUGUUCAAAAUAUACGUCUAAGGAUACCAAUUGUAGAGCGAUAAUUCAUGCCGAUACUAAUAACAACAUAUCCGACGAAUAUCUAACUGUCGAGCACAAUCAUCCUCCUCAAUAUAUCAAAAAAUUUCUAAUUGUUAGAAUUAUUUGA